UUCUUUCCCAAAUUGUCACCACACCACUGUCCACUGACCACCCUUUUAAUUGCAAGAAAACGUUUCCUCUAUUUUUUCUAUUUAAUUGCAAAUACUCUCUCGCGAUUCAGGAGACGAUUUUUGGGAUUUUCAAUACGAAAUUAGGGAUUUCAUUGGAUACGAAUCUGGCAAAUCAAACUUUUCAACGACCUGGAAAACUCAGAUCAUACUCUACCAAAGCUUCCAGAUUUCCGCAAAUUUGAGGGAGAAUUCAGAAUUAAUCCAGAAAUACACCGCAAGAUAAGGGUUUCAUAUAAGCUCCUUCAUAUCAAGAAGAGAUGGCAGCUUCAGAAGAGAAUAGUUCACUGUUUCCUAUCUUUAUUUUGACUAUGAUGGCACUGCCUUUAGUGCCUUAUACCAUUGUAAAAUUAUGUAAUGCUGCCAAGAAGAAGGCGAAAAGCUUACAUUGUCAAUGUGCUGUAUGCUCCCGAUCUGGAAAAUAUCACAAAUCAUUGUUCAAAAGGAUCUCAAACUUCUCCACUUGUAGUAACUUGACGCUUGUGUUGUUGUGGGUCAUUAUGGCCUUCCUGGUUUAUUACAUUAAAAAUAUGAGCGCAGAGGUUCAAGUUUUUGAGCCAUUCAAUAUUCUUGGUUUGGAACCUGGAGCUUCUGAUUCAGAAAUUAAAAAAGCUUAUAGGAGACUUUCAAUCCAGUACCAUCCUGAUAAAAAUCCAGAUCCCGAGGCAAACAAGUACUUUGUUGAGUAUAUCUCAAAAGCUUACCAAGCUUUGACUGAUCCUGUUUCCCGUGAAAAUUAUGAAAAAUAUGGUCAUCCAGAUGGGAGGCAGGGAUUUCAAAUGGGAAUAGCUCUCCCCCAGUUUCUACUAAAUAUUGAAGGUGCCUCUGGCGGGAUAAUGUUGCUUUGGAUUGUUGGAGUCUGUAUCCUGUUGCCAUUGGUCAUAGCUGUUAUCUACCUCUCAAGGUCGUCCAAGUACACAGGGAACUAUGUCAUGCAUCAGACACUUUUGGCUUAUUAUCACUUGAUGAAACCAUCCCUGGCCCCAAGCAAAGUUUUGGAUGUAUUUAUUAAGGCGGCUGAAUACAUGGAAAUUCCAGUUAGAAGGGUUGAUGAUGAACCACUUCAUAAACUGUUGCUGUUAGUCAGGAGUGAAUUAAAUCUGGACAGCAAAAACAUCAAACAAGAGCAAGCUAAAUUUUUGAAGCAGCAUCCCCCACUAGUAAAGACACAAUUGUUAAUUCAAGCCCAUCUAACUCGGGAAACAAUGGACCUACCUCCAACGCUAAAUGGUGAUCUAAAACGUGUCCUGGAACUUGCACCCCGCCUACUUGAGGAGUUGAUGAAGAUGGCUCUGAUACCACGCACGGCUCAGGGUCAUGGGUGGCUUAGGCCUGCAAUUGGGGUUGUGGAGCUUUCGCAGUGUGUCAUUCAGGCUGUUCCCCUCAGUGCUAAGAAAGCUGGAGGAGGGUCAGCGGAAGGCAUUGCACCAUUCUUACAACUGCCACAUUUUAGCGAGGCUGUUACCAAAAAGAUUGCACGCAAGAAAGUCCGGACCUUUGAGGAACUCCGAGAAAUGACUCUACAAGAGCGUGCAGAGCUGCUUUCGCAAGCAGCUGGAUUUUCUGCUGCUGAAAUAGAGGAUGUGGAGAGGGUACUUGAAAUGAUGCCUUCCCUAUCCAUGGAGAUCAAAUGUGAAACAGAAGGCGAAGAGGGUGUACAGGAGGGUGACAUUGUGACAGUUCAGGCUUGGGUUAAACUUCAACGCCCUAAUGGCUUGAUUGGUGCGCUUCCCCAUGCACCUUACUACCCAAAUCACAAAGAUGAAAACUUUUGGUUUCUCCUUGCUGACCAGAACUCUAAUAAUGUUUGGUUCUCCCAAAAGAUCAACUUCAUGGAUGAAGCUACAGCUCUAACAACUGCUUCCAAGGCAAUUGAGGAAAUGAUGGAAGUUUCAGGGGCCAGUGCAAAAGAAACCAGUAUAGCAGUUAAGGAAGCUGUUGAGAAAGUGAAGGGAGGGUCCCGGCUGGUGAUGGGGAAAUUUCAGGCCUCGGCAGAGGGGAACUACAGUUUAACAUGUUACUGCUUGUGUGACACUUGGAUUGGAUGCGACACCAAGUCAAGCUUAAAGGUGAAGGUUCUGAAAAGAACGAGGGCUGGCACUAGGGGUGGUGCCAUUGUAGAAGAGGGGCCUUUAUUGGAGGAUGGUGUUGAGGAAGAAGAAGAAAUUGAAGAAGAAGAAUAUGAUGAUUAUGAGAGUGAGUACAGUGAGGACGAGCAAGAUGAGCAGGAUAAAAAGAAGGGAACCACCGCAAAUGGUGAUCGUCGUAAGAAGAGUAAACAGUCAAGCUCUGAAGGCUCGGAUUCUGAGGAUGAGUAGAAACACGAUUUUCAUACUUGUUAACUAGAAUAAUACUCUCAAGUAGAGGCUUUCCUUCUAGUGCAAUGUGAAAACAAACUAAAUACAAUUUUGAUACAGACCAUUUAUAGUUUUAAAUUUUUAUGGACUGCAUGUCAUAUU